CCUUGCACACACAUAUCGUCCCCCCUCCCUUCUCGUUACCCGUCCUUUAUAAUACCCCAGAUCUCCCUCCUUCCUGACGCGUUGCGCCUGCAGUCAGUCUUUUGUCGCACUACUGAUGCUACUCUGACUACCGUCUCCCGCUUCCAAACAUCGACGUCGAAACGAUGGCGGAAAAACACCUACACUCUUCCGACCCGGAAUUGGCCGGCGUCCCUUCACGACACAGCUCAUCCGAGAGGAAAAACGAUGCCUACAUGGAGGGUGCCGCUGUCCUUGGUGGUGAGGACGAAGCGGCCAGGUAUGGCUACGUGAGUCGUGGUCUCAAGUCGCGUCACAUUCAGUUCAUUGCUCUGGGCGGAACUAUUGGUACCGGUCUCUUCCUCGGUAUCGGAAAUGCCUUCACCCACGCUGGCCCUCUCUCCAUCCUGCUCGGUUAUACCUUCACCGGUCUCGCUGUUUUCGGUAUGAUGCAGUGUCUUGGUGAGAUGGCCACAUGGCUUCCUCUUCCCGGUGCUAUCCCUCAGUUCUGCGCUCGAUACGUCGACGAUGCUCUCGGUUUUGCUGUCGGUUGGAAUAACUGGUACUCCGCCGCCAUCACUUUAUGCGCCGAAAUCUCGGCCGCCUCUCUUGUCAUCGGCUUCUGGGAAGGUGCUCAAAGUGUCAACGUCGCCGUAUGGAUCAGCAUCAUCUGGGUUGUCAUCAUUUUCCUCAACAUCUUUGCCGUUUCCCUCUACGGCGAGGCCGAAUUCUGGUUUGCAUCUAUGAAGCUUAUUACCAUUGUCGGCCUGCUCAUCAUGGCCUUCAUUGUCGACCUUGGCGGAAACCCGCGCCACGAACGUCUUGGUUUUCGCUACUGGAAGAACCCGGGCGCCAUGAAAGAGUAUCCACCCCAGGUCCACGGCGACCUUGGUCGCUUUCUGGGUCUCUUUUCUACCCUCGUCAACGCUGCCUUCUCCUACGGCGGUGUGGAAAUGGUCGCCGUUGCCGCUGGUGAGGCCGAAAACCCUCGCAAGAACAUCCCCAAGGCCGUUCGUCGUGUCUUCUGGCGUAUUCUCUUUUUCUACGUCUUGGGAUCUCUCGCCAUUGGUGUCCUUGUGUCUUCCAACGACAAGGGCCUCCUUGAUGCUCAGGCCGAAGGCCGCUCCGACGCUGCUGCCUCCCCAUGGGUUAUCGGCAUCAAGAACGCUGGCAUCUCCGUCUUGCCCUCCAUCAUCAACGCUGUCAUCUUGACUUCCGCGACUUCCUCUGGCAAUGCCUUCCUUUACACCGGCUCUCGCUACCUCUACGCUUUGGCGCAGAACCGUCAGGCCCCACGUAUCUUCCUCACUUGCAGUAAGAAGGGUGUCCCCUAUUACGCCGUUGCCGCCACGGCUAUCAUCGGCGGUCUCACUUACCUCUCUGUCGAUCCCAACGGUGGUGCCGCAAAGGCGUUCAGCUGGUUCCAGAACUUAACGACCAUCGCUAGUCUCUUCACCUGGUGCUCGAUCUGCGUUGCUUACCUUCGCUUCUACAAGGCGCUAAAGGCUCAGGGCAUUAGCCGCGAUACCUUGGUCUUCAAGAGCAGGUUUCAACCAUACACGGCAUGGUUCGCGCUUAUCUACUUUGCUAUCAUUAUCAUUUUCAGCGGGUUUGCUGUCUUCAUCAAAGGCAAUUGGGAUGUCGCUGAUUUCAUCGCUGCCUACAUUGGCAUCCCCAUCUUCUUCCUUCUCUACGGUGGCUGGAAGAUUAUCAAGCGACCGAAGGUCAUAAAACCAUCAGAGGCCGAUCUCACGACUGGAAAGGCGGCGCUUGAUGCAGAGGAUGAGCAUUGGCAGAGAGAGUAUAAGCCUCCUGUCACCAUAAUUGAAAAGAUUUGGGAUUGGUUGGCGUAAAAUGUAUAAUCAUAAGGCUUGAUGGCGUUGGCGAAGGCGGUUGUUCUCGUUGUCUUCUGGAGAAGUGUCAUGAGCAAGCGACUUGGUCGGAGAGAGCGGUGGUUUUCUAGAAUUUAUACCCCAUAGGAAACUUGACGAAUGCUAAUGUCGAUAACAACGGCCUCAAUCGAAAUGUCAAUCCAGAGUUGUGCGUCGAAGAGUGCCAAGUUUUGCGGCUGGGUUCGGGUGUUCUCUAUCAAUCACACCAUCUCUUCCUUUGAACGAGCAAUAAACGAAAACCGAAACGAAAAGGA